AUUAAAAGAUUUUAAGCAUGUAAUUGAAGUAAAAAAAAGUGAUUCUUCAACGUUUCGGGAUAAAGAAAUUGCAUGGGAUGAAAUCUGUAACCGGUAUAACGAUUCGUCAAUGAUUUUUCAAGAGCGUACAGUUGCACAACUGAAAAAACUAUGGACAAACAUGAAACAGAAUCAAAGAGAAUUAUUGACAAAAGAAAAACAGGCUCGUCUAGCUACUGGUGGUGGUCCACCACUUCCAGAGACAAAUAUUGAUCCUGACGUAGCCGCAAUUGCACCGCAUCUUUUGGAAACAGCUCCUAUCCUUUUUACUUCAAAUAUGACGGACAAUGAAAUAAAAGAGAUGAAAAAACAGACUUUGAAGAUUGUAACAGAUAAUGAUUCGACCAUUGUCAUAUCUGAAAGUAAUGACGACGAGGCAACAAAUGAAAAUAAAAUACAAGAAGUUGACGUAACAAUUGAAGAUACAACACAAGAUAAAGAAAAUCAAAAUAUCGAUUUUUCCAUUCAAGCGGGUGUUUUGAAGAGAAAAAAGGGUUUGGAUACUGUUUGUAAACGAAAUACAAAAAUGACCAAAGUAGAGACAAAUAUUACUGAAACUUCUCUUAACAAUGAAAGUACUGUAAAGAUCGAAAGAAUAAAACAAAUUAUAGAACAAGAGAAAGAAGUGGCAGAAAUACAGAAAGCUCACGAGAAAAGAAUGGCUGUAUUGAAAGAAAAUUUUCAUAAUAAAAUACAUGCUCUAGAAAUUAGAACAGCUACUGCAAAGGCUGAACUAGCUGAGUUACAGCUGCGAAAAGAAAAAGAGAAAUAUGCUUCUUCAAGAGCAUAGACUAAAGUUCCUUAAAAUCAGAAAAGUUUAAAGUAUUUUAUUUUACGAGUAUUUUAUAGUAUAAGUUGUUA